AUGGCCUCACCCAUGGAGUCCUCAGCAGCCGACCCUCCAACAGUCCUCUUCCGCGCAGGCAAGAAGCGCAAAGCCGGCUUGCGCCAACGCGCCGCAUCCCCCGAAGAAACAGCAAACGCCGCCGCCGCUGAAUCGAAGCCGACGACAACGGACCCGACUUUGCAGCCGACCGAGACGGCAUCCUCAAGGACGGAACUCGAUAUCUCAGAUAAGGAAGCGACUGAGGCCAUCCCGUCAACAUUGCGCCACCGCGCGCGCAAACGUCUCAACGGCGUCGGGUUCUCGGCCCGCGCGACGUCCGGCCCUUCAGAAGACUCGCCCGCAGCAGACCUCUCACCAUCCCGCGCUCUUGUGCCCGCAACAUCACAACCUGACGAUGAUCCCCUGAUCGCAAAACGCUUUGCCCCGCAGACGGGUCUGGCGACCACCAUUGUAAACAAACACAUGUAUGUAUUCCCACCAAGCAACCCGCUGCGGUACAUCCAGGCCCUUUGCCCAGAGACUGAUCAAGCAAGGAUGGAAUACAUAGAAUCCCACCUCUCUAACCGCAACCCCUCCCCCUCCGCGGAGACAACAGCACAUACCUCAUCGUCGCUUUCCUCCACCGCCCCGGCACCCGUCGCGGGGAACGACAAAAAGGCACAACCCAUCAUGCAAGGGAAGCUCAUGGAGGUCGAUCUGGGCGACGAGGUCCGCGCCCGCAAUCAGGCCAUGACCGAAAAGGCCGCCCGACGUCUGUUGGGCGAGUCUGUACCUGACGAGGAGCCCGAAGGCGGACCGCGCAAGGCAAAGAAGCCGAGGCUUGGCCGAGACGGCAAGCCCUGGCGACCCAGGAACCGUCGCGGGAGCGACGACGUCAAGCGUGAUCAGCUCGUGGAAGAGAUCCUGCGCGAGAACAAACUCGAUGUCUAUGAUGUGCCUGCUACGCAACAACCUCAGUAUGAGGGCGAUGGCGACGCAGACGAUCGCAUCGCCGAGGAAUUCCGGCGCGAGUUCAUGGAUGCCAUGGUGCAGCGACAGCAGAAAAAGAAGGCGGCCGCGCCGCCAGCUCGGGCAGGUGCUCGGAAGGCGGAUGAGGAUGUGCUCAAAGGCCCCAAGCUGGGCGGCAGUCGUAAUUCCAGAGCUGCUAUGCGUGACUUACUACUCAAGAAAGAGAAGGAGGGCAAGCGAUGA